GAUGAUGAACAGAAUGAUUUUGAAUCUCAAAAUAUAUUUGAUGAAAGCAUAACUAGUUUAGUUCUCCAUUUCUGAUCUUCCCAUCGUUAACGUCAAGCUUCAUGUCUACUACUGUUACAGAGAGAAUCAAAGAGAAGAAAGAAAAUGACAUAAAGAACGAAGGGCAAGAUGAAGACAUGGAGCUUCCAGUAUUUCAACUAGCUACAAUCUCACAUGCAACUGAUAAUUUUUCACUCAGCAACAAGCUGGGUCAAGGGGGUUUUGGACCUGUUUACAAGGGGAAAUUAGUAGAUGGGCAAGAAAUUGCUGUGAAAAGGCUCUCCUUGAGUUCUAGACAAGGAGUGAAUGAGUUCAAGAAUGAGGUUAAAUUGAUCGCCAAACUUCAACACCGGAAUCUUGUUAGGCUUCUUGGGUGUUGCAUUGAAGGGGAGGAGAAGAUGCUGGUUUAUGAAUACAUGCCUAACAAAAGCCUAGACUCAUUCAUUUUUGAUCAAACAAGGGGGAAAGAAUUAGAUUGGUCCAAGCGUUUCAGGAUUAUCUGUGGGAUUGCAAGGGGGCUUCUCUACCUUCACCAGGAUUCCAGAUUGCGGAUUAUUCAUAGAGAUCUCAAACCUAGUAAUGUUCUUCUUGAUAAGGAGAUGAACCCAAAAAUUUCAGAUUUUGGGAUGGCCAAAACUUUUGGAGGAGAGCAGACUGAAGGGAGCACAAGAAGAGUUGUUGGCACAUAUCCAGGCAGUUCCAGGAACCGGUACUUGGGAAUCUGGUACAAGAAAAUCCCAGUCAGGACAGUUGUUUGGGUUGCAAACAGGCUGAAUCCAAUAAAUUACUCUUCCGCAGUGCUGACAAUUAAGAAAACAGGUGAGCUUCAGCUUCUGACUAAGGACGUUGCUGCUGUUUGGUCAGUCAACUUGACAAGAGAAGCUCGGAAUCCAACACUGCAGCUCUUGAAUUCUGGCAAUCUCGUCCUGAUAGAUUUAAGAAUUGAACUACACGGCAAUCCUGAGUUAGUGAUGAGGGAAGGGUCGCAGGAGUACUACAGGGGUGGUCCCUAUAAUGGCCAACGGUUUAGUGACACUGAAAUUUCAGGGCUUAAUGCAGUUGCUAUGACUAUAUUUGUAUUCAAUGAAGAGGAGGUGUACACAAGUUAUUCUCUCAAGAACAAGUCUCUGAUCCCAAGGGUCUUCCUGAACCAAACUGACUACACAAGCCAGCGAUACAUAUGGGGUGAAGAUACUCAAACUUGGAAUCUGUAUUCAUACAUGCCAAGAGACUUCUGUAACAUUUAUGGACGUUGUGGUGCGUACAGUUAUUGUGACAAUACUCAACUUCCACCUUGCCAAUGUUUGAAAGGAUUUGAGCCUAAAUUCCCAAGUAAAUGGAGCUCAAUGGACUGGUCUCAAGGAUGUGUUAGAAAAAAGCUAUUGAACUGUCAGCAAGGAGAUGGUUUUAUCCAAUACCAAAAGUUAAAGCUGCCAGAUGCUGCACAAUCUUGGAUAAGCAGAAGCAUGAAUCCCAAGGAAUGCCCAACUAAAUGCUUACAAAACUGUUCUUGUACGGCCUAUACUAGUUUUGAUAUAAAUGGAGAUGAUAGUGGUUGUGCUAUUUGGUUUGGUGAUCUACUUGAUAUUAGACAGUUUCAAAUUGGUGGGCAGGGUCUAUACGUCAGAAUGUCUGCUUCAGAAUCAGAAGAAUCAAAGAAAAAGUCUAAGAUGAAGAUAGCGUUGAUGCUUGCAAUUCCACUUGCUGUACUUUCGAGGGUGUUCAUAGUCUGCUAUUUCUUCCUCAAAAGGAAGAGAAGCUUGGAAGAAAGAAGAGAAGACAAGGGAGAAUAUUAUAAUAAAGUUCAAAAAGAAGACAUGGAGCUUCCAGUAUUUGAACUAGCUAUAAGAUCUCAUGCCACUAAUAACUUUUCACUCACCAACAAGCUAGGACAGUGGUGGUUCGGACUAGUUUACAAGAUUUUGGCAUGGCCAAAACUUGCGGUGGAGACCAGACUGAAGGAAACACUAACUGAGUUGUUGGAACUUAGUAAUGAUUAUAUGGCACCAAAACAGGCCGUUGAUGAGUUUUUCUCAUUGAAAUCAGAUGUCUUUAGCUUUGGUGUAUUGUUGAUGGAGAUAGUAAGUGGGACUAAAAAUAGAGGAAUGUAUCAUUCAAAUCAUAGCAUUAACCUCAAUGGACAUACUCCUGAGGACAGGCCAACCAUGUCAUCUGUGUUGCUUAUGUUGGGAAGUGAGAUAGAAUUGCCUGAGCCAAAAGAACCUGGUUUCUUGCUAGAAAAGACUUCACUUUAUCAGAUUCUUUAUUGAGCAAGCAUAGCUCGAUGUCAGUAAACAAUCUUACCAUCUCACUCUUGCAGGCUCGAUGAUAAUCAAUUAUCCGUCAAUAGAGGAUUACAUAGUUAUAUCCGUACAUUUUGUACCUUAUGUUUCUGUAAUUUCAAACCUAAUGAACCUUGAGACAUUUG